AGCGGAGUGGGAUCGUGCUGUGCACCGGCGGAGGGCUCGGAGACUCGGGACAACACUGAUCGGGAGGGAGUAACGAUGCUACGACUAAUCCUGCUGGUCCUCCUGUGUGGGGGCGUCUCCGCAGGCUCUCACUCUCUCCGUUAUUUCUACACGGGGGUGACCCCGGGGCCGGGGGUCCCCGAGUUUGUGACGGUCGGUUAUGUGGACGAGGAGCAGAUCGAUUACUACGACAGUGAGUUGGGGCGGGCGGUGCCCCGUCAGCGGUGGAUGGCGGAGAGUCAGGGCCCCGAGUACUGGGAGCGGGAGACACAGAACAUGCGGGGCACGGAGCAGGUGUACAAGGUGGACAUCCAGACCCUGCAGGAGCGGACCAACCAGACCGGGGGGAUCCACACGAUCCAGCAGAUGUACGGCUGUGAGCUCCGGCAGGACGGCUCCACCGCCGGGUUCUCGCAGUACGGCUGGGACGGGACGGACUUCAUCAGCUUCGACAAGGAGCAGGGGGUGUGGGUGACCCCCGUGCCCUGGGGGGUCCCCACCAAGGAGAAGUGGGACCGGGACACGGCCGGGAACCAGCAGCUGAAGGGGUACCUGGAGCAGACCUGCAUCGAGUGGCUGCAGAAAUAUGUCCUGGCCGGGGAGAGAGACCUCCAGCCAGAUCGCCCCGAAGUGUCCUUCACCUCCUCCCGCGACGACAGCCGCCUCUCCUGUGUGGCCACCGGCUUCUACCCACAGUCCAUCGAGGUGACUCUGCUGCGGGACGGCCGGGUCCUGGAGGAGACCAGUUCCCACGGGAUCCUGCCCAAUCACGACGGCACCUACCAGCUGACCAGGAGCGUGCGGGUGGACCCCGCGGACACGGCCCAGUUCUCCUGUCGUGUGGAGCACCGGGGUCUCCCCGAGCCACUUGUCCUGCUCCACGGUCGGAAAUCCAGCUCCGUCCCUGUGACGGUCAUUGCUGUGGUCGUGAUCCUGAUCAUCCUGGUGGCCAUCGCGAUCGCUGUGGGAAUCGUCGUCUACAAGAAGAGAGCGGAGAAGAAGGGCUACAAUCCCACCAAAACGACUGAUAAAGGGGAAUCCUCCUCCAACUCCUCCGCCACAGCCUGAGGACCCUCCGCAGGAGAUCCAGUGGACAGCAGGACGUUGAUGAAGAAAUCUCGUGGGGGAGGGGAUUGGGUUGGGGGGGGGACAGAAUGUAAUCCUGGGGCUCUUGAUGAUGAUCAACAGGGAUCCUAUGAUUUGGGCUUUUAUCUUCGUGCUUGGGGAUACUGAUAAUUUGCUGAUUUUACUGCAGGAGCCGGACUGUAAUUUUGCUAAAUGGCUUUAAUCAUAGUUGAAGUGAAGUGAAGGGGUUUAGUGGGGAACAUCCCCGGUCAACACCUCGCCCUUGGUCAACAUCUGGUCAGACUCACGAUUGGAUGAAUGGGAGAUCUACUCAGUCAAGUUUACCCUUGUCCAGAGUGGCUUCUGUCUCUGGUGGGGGCGGGAGGGGAGUGGACGGAGGGGACACGGUGACCCAUGGGCUGUAGGAGGUGGUGGUGACCACAUGGAGAUCAGGAAACAUGAUUUUAUGCUGGGGAGGGAGGGAGUGAUGGUUUGUGGUUCACUGUCAAGGCUUUUCAAUCCUGAAUUCCAAUAAAGUGUGUAACUCCA